CUUUUUCUCACUUUGCUUGCCUAAGACUGCCUCCGUCUUUGCCCAGGCUAGGGUAAAUCCUGUGUGCGUUUUUCCACACUCGCAACUGAAUAUUUUCUUCCUUUAAAAAAAAAAAUUCUGCCCCUGAUCCCUGCAGGGUUCUCUAGCACUACACCCUUAUCCCGCCCCCAACCCCUACCACUGGACCACUCCCAGCAGAGUUUUAAUUUUCGGUCUUGCCCGGGGCCGAGCCUGGCCUAGGCGGGUGGCUCAGCUGGGCUUGCACUCAGCGCUCGGCCGCCGCCGCCCAGCUGCGCGGGGGCGCCCUCCGGAGAUGCUGCCGUGGAAGAAACACAAGUUCGAGCUGCUAGCCGAGGCGCCGCCAAGGCAGGCGUCCAAGCCCAAGGGCUACGCGGUGAGCCUGCACUACUCGGCUCUCAGCUCGUUGGCGCGGGCGUGCCCCGAAGGCGCGCUCAGCCGGGUGGGCAGCAUGUUCCGCUCCAAGCGCAAGAAGCUGCACAUCACCAGCGAGGACCCCACUUACACCGUGCUCUACCUGGGCAAUGCCACCACCAUCCAGGCGCGCGGCGACGGCUGCACCGACCUCGCGGUGGGCAAGAUCUGGAGCAAGAGCGAGGCGGGCCGUCAGGGCACCAAGAUGAAGCUGACUGUGAGUGCGCAGGGUAUCCGCAUGGUGCACGCCGAAGAGCGCGCGUUGCGCCGCCCGGGCCACCUCUACCUGCUGCACCGCGUUACCUACUGCGUGGCGGACGCGCGGCUGCCCAAGGUCUUCGCCUGGGUGUACCGGCACGAGCUCAAGCACAAAGCGGUAAUGCUGCGCUGUCACGCGGUGCUGGUGUCCAAGCCCGAGAAGGCGCAGGCCAUGGCCCUGCUGCUCUACCAAACGUCGGCCAACGCACUGGCGGAAUUUAAACGGCUCAAGCGGCGGGACGACGCGCGUCACCAGCAGCAGGAGCUGGUGGGCGCGCACACCAUCCCGCUGGUGCCGCUGCGCAAGCUGCUCCUGCACGGACCUUGCUGCUACAAGCCGCCGGUGGAGCGCAGCCGCAGCGCGCCCAAACUCGGCUCCAUCACUGAGGACCUGGUCGGUGAACAGCAGGAGGAGGAGCUGCAGGAAGAAGAGGAAGAGGAGCACACCGAGAGCUGCCUGGAGGAGGAGGAGGAGGGGGAGGAGGAAGAGGAUCGUGCCAGGGAGAAGGAUCCGGCAGAGGAAGAGGCCGAGGCGCAGCGGGCGCUGGUGGUGGCCAUGCACUUCGAAUGUGGGGACUUGCUGGACACGUUGGAGAGUGGCCGGGAGGAGGCGCUGGGGGGCAGUGGGGUCUCGUUGGGACCCGGGGCGGGGCCGCCGCCUUUGCUGCUGGGUAGCUCCUCCGACGUGAAGGCCGAGCUGUCGCAGCUUAUUAACGACCUGGGCGAGCUCAGCUUCGGCAACGACGUGCGAAGCCUGCAGGCCGACUUGCGGGUGACGCGCCUGCUGUCUGGUGAGAGCACCGGCAGCGAGAGCUCCAUAGAAGGCGGCGGCCCAGAUGCCACCUCUGCCACCGCCGGGGACCAGUCUGGCCCUACGGACCGCGCCAGCCCCGACGAGCCGCGCUCGGGCUGAGCUCCCCGCAACCUUCUGCGCGCGCCCUGCCGCCCCACCGUGACUCCCUAACAGCCUCCUCGACAGCUCCCUGACCUAGCCCUGACACCGCUUGCGCCCAGGAAAGGGAAAAUGGGACACUUAAGGCCCAGAGUUCCUGCUUCUCUCCCUGAACACAUUUGGCUCUGUUUUAAGUGGAGCUCAGGUUGCCUACGGAGAUGUGGCUGGAUGUGUGGGGAUGGGGUGGGGAAACCCUACCAGGAAGGAGAGAGGCAGCCCCUUGGGGUCAGGGGUGAGGGAAAUGCCCGCUGAAGUUAGCAAAAGUCCUGCAGGCGUCAGGGGCCCGGCCGGCCAGCUUCCUGUUUGUGGGGCAGUUGGGGCCCCUGGAGGAGGGGUUAACUUCCUCCCCACCCCUCACCCGGGAGCAGCCUAGCAUUGUCAUUGGCAUAUCAUUGAAAAGAAAAAGGAAUUUACUCUCACAAUGUUUGAGGCUGUUUUUGUGCCGCCUCUUUGCCUCCAGUCUUUUGGUGCAAGAGCUUGGGUUGUUUACCUCAGACUAAGACCCUUGAAAUUCUGCCAAAUUCCUCAAAUAUUUGUUUGGGGAGGGGGAGGGGGGAAGAGAGGAAAAGGAAAGAAAGUUGCAUUUUGUUUACAGUUAAAGACAUCUAAUACCUAAAAAAGGAGUUUUCCUUUAGAAACACACCUUCAUCCUGCUCAAAAGAUCUCACUCCAUGAUACUGUGUAAAAUAUUUUUGCACUGUUGUGAAGUAUUUUUGACAUCUUUUUUUGUACAUAACUGUUCUCAGAGCUGGAUGUUUAUAUCUUUUGCUGUGCAAAAGGGACAUGUAAAAUGUUGUUCAGUUGUAUAUACAGAAAUGUGUAUAAAACAUUUUGUUAUUUUUGAAGAGUAGCACUGCUCUGGUUCUGUUUGCCCGCCAGUCGGAAGAGAAUAAAGAGGAAAAUUGAACAGAACAGGUGAGCUUCUGGAACUGCUGCUGAGAAUGCUUGGGGGGGAGGGGGGAGGAGAGGGUGUGUCCAUCAACAGGAUGGUGUGGUCAGACAGUGUUUGGCCUCUGCCUUGCUUGAAGGUGAAUAGGGGAGGGAAACCCACUUUAUAGGAAGCCUGGGGCCUCUCUGGCCCUUUGCCACUCUGGGUACUGUGGCUGGGGACAGCCUUCUCAAGUAUAUUCCAUCUUCUUCAUUAAUUAACUUCUGUGAGUGUGGGUUUUCUCUGGUCUCUGAGUUCUGUUCCUCACUCUCAGACCUGCGAAGUUAUUUAGGGAGGUUUUACGAGGUUUGUGCUAAUGAUCAAGUGUAAGAAUACGAUAUAAUCUUUUCCUUUACAAGCAGCUCAGGGAGUUUUAAAGAUGAACUAGAGACCCAAAGAAGGAGAUUUCUGAGAAGUGGGAGAACCUUCCCCCCCCCCCCGCCCCCCGGGAGGAAAAGCAAGGAUAGAGGAAAGUUGUUCAGUUCCAAGGAUGGCAUGAGUGAGUAGAGAUGCAGGUGGGGAGGGUGGGGAGGCAGGUGGAAGACCCUUCUACAACCUAGCAUGGCCCAGUGGGGGAAUGGUGUGGAGGUCAAGGCAGUGAAGAGCUGUUAGAGUUUGGUGUGUGUGUGUGUCUUAGGGCUUUCAUGCUUUCUGCUUGUUUCUGUUGUAAAUUCCAAACAGAUGUCUCUAAUUUGGCUACACCCCGGUCAGCUAGAAGUUGCAAUAAGAUGCUGCCAAAGCUGUGCCUUCUGCAAAUUGUUUUUUCCCUUUGCCCCUUUGGUAUUGCAGAAAUGGAUUGCACUCCUGGCUUUCCCUGGUGUCCUGAGGCCCCGUUGCUUUAUUUUCAUCACAAACAUGUUGUGAGCAACUAGACCCAGAGAUUUUAAGGAGUCUAGGAUUCACUGGAACCAUAGAGGAAUGGAGGAUGAAAGAUUUUUCUUUCUAAUUAAUGGGAGUGGUUCAGGCAUAAGACUAUCUUUAGAAAAGCAAAGCAAAACAAAGGGUGGGUGGGAAAUAAUAGUAAAGUACUCAGAGUCAUUUCUUUUUUUAAAAAAAUAUAUUUUAUUGAUUUUUUUACAGAGAGGAAAGGAGAGGGAUAGAGAGUUAGAAACAUUGAUGAGAGAGAAACAUCGAUCAGCUGCCUCCUGCACUCUCCCUACUGGGGAUGUGCCUGCAACCAAGGUACAUGCCCUUGACUGGAAUCGAACCUGGGACCCUUGAGUCCGCAGGCCGACACUCUAUCCACCGAGCCAAACCGGCUAGGGCCAGAGUCAUUUCUUAAGGGCAUUAAGACAAGGUCCAGGCCUUCGAACCUAUCACCAUGUUUUGGUUUGGUUGAGAGUCCCUGCCCCUCUCCUUGAAUACCUCAGAUACGCAUCAUUGAAUGACAUUUUAAAACCCUCAGCUAGAGAGAGGUCAGCAAAGUCAAAUCCCACCCUACCUAGGCACCCACAUCGUGUGCCCUCCACGCUGUUCUCACCUGACCAGCUGACUGCUGUGUGAGCCAUCACUCUCUUGCAUGACUAGAUUUCACAUUUCCAAUCAUCUCCACACGUUGCCAAGUUCCUUUGCUGUUUAAAAUUGAUGAGAACAUUAAAGAGGGUGGGGAUCAUAUGGAUAAUACUUGGAGGUGGGGCAGGGUGUGCAUGUCUUCAUUCUUAACCAAUUUAUGUGUCCAGUGAGAAUGCUAAGGUUGGCUUUCAUCUGUGACUGAUGGGGGUAUGGUGAUUGGUCAAAAGUUCAGACAAAUGACAUUUAAACCAACACCAUCAAUAAAUAUAAGGCAACUGUCUGGUU